GAUAUUUCAAUGGCUGAGAUCAGAAUUACAAAUUAUAGAGUGGGGCGUUAUUGAAUGUAUGUGCCAGCUACGAUCUCUCUGUCUUCAUCGUGGUCAACUGCAAUCUCGACAUCAGCUCAUUACUGUGUGCGGAGAACCGAAGUAGGAAAAGGAACAAGGGAAACUAAGACAGAAAGUGUAGGGUAGAUAGGGGAAGAUGGUUCGAGUGCAGUUCCCACGGCAGAUGUGCAGUGAACCCUCUACUAUCAGCUCCAUCGACAUACACCCUGAUGGAAGCAGGUUCGUGUCUGCGGUGAACGGAGACAGUGUAAAUCCUGCCAGACUGACCUUUUGGAACAUGGAGCCAGUGAGAAACCCCCCUAAUUGCUGGCCCUCACCAGAAGAGAUUUUGGAUCAGCAGCAGCAGCCAUGGGUUUUGUGUGAGAAGGAGGUGCCCCAUGUCAGCAUCAACUGUGUCAGAUGGAGUGGGGCGGGACACUUGCUUGCUUCAGCGGAGGAUGAGCACGUGGUCGUGUGGUGCUACUCCCGCACCACUGCGGAGGACUCGUCGUUCGGGGCCAGGGUGGCCAAUGUGGAGAAUUGGAAGCCCCUGCAUGAUAUGAAGGGCCACAGGGGAAAUGUGUUCGAUCUCAGGUGGAGUCCUGCUGACAGAUACCUCGCAAGCUGCAGUGUGGAUAACAGCAUAAUGAUCUGGAACGGGAAACGUCUGCCAGAACUAUUUCGCACCCUUUCUGGACACUCGAACUUGGUGAAGGGACUGUGCUGGGACCCCCUGGGAAAAUUCCUUGCCUCCCAGAGUGACGAUAGAACGAUGCGAGUAUGGAGAACGGCCGACUGGGCUGAAGAGUGUAUGGUAUUCAAACCAUUCACCAAAGAAUUUACCACUCAUUAUCUCAGAUGUGACUGGUCCCCGGACGCGCAAAUGCUGGUGUCUUCUCAUGCCGUGAAUGGAGAGGGUCCAGUGGCAGUCAUCUGCAGCAGAGCCAGGAAGUUCGUGCCGAGAAUGGAUUUUGUUGGUCAUCGUCGAGCCAUCACUUGUGUCCGCUUUCACCCCCGAAUGGUUCGAGUGAAGGAGACGAACGAAGUAACUUGUCUGCUGGCUAUCGCAAGCAAAGAUCGAGCUGUAUCUUUUUGGCUCUCAUCCAGGCCAAAAGCAUUUCUUGCUCUACAUGAAUUACUAGACGACGAAGUUGUGGAUCUCUCCUGGGCUACUAACUCGAUUGAGCUUGCGGCAUGUUCUAUCACAGGAAAGAUAAAGUUUGUAUUGUUUCGAGAUUCGGAAAUAGGAAGGCUGCUGACACAACACGAACAGACAACAGUGCUGCAGCGACUUCAUGGGGAAGAUAUGAAUGAAACAAGCGCACCUUCUAUUCUGGUCUCGGACCCGGAUAUGUUUCCUUAUUUAGUCAAAGAAGCUGAACUAAACGAAAAGGAAAAUGUUUCCUCAUCUCCCGAGAAACCAACCCCUAAAAAAGUGUUCAAGCAUGCCAACAUGACUUCAUCGGCUGUAAUAUCUACUACUCAGAAAGAGUUGAUCAGCAAAGAUGGACGCAGAAGGAUUGUUCCAGUGUGCAUUGGACUCCAGCAGCCGGACUCCAAUGAAGACGCAGUUGUGAUGCCAGUUCCUUUCAGAGGCAGACAGGAGAAUUUGAAGCGAGAUGAUGAUACUCAGGAGAAUGUUCAGAUACGAGAGGGCAAUAGCAGUGUCGUGACCAGUACAACUUCACCCGAAUCGUCGCCAAUAUCACCAGAACAGAGAGCACAGAAACAGAUAUCUGUUCAAGAUUUAAAGCUCGGAUCAUUUCGAAGUCUUCAGAGUGACGUGAAAAACAAAGAUCAAAAUACAGGGUCCACAACAUUGGCGAUGGAAAGCUUAGAUCCUGCUGUCCACACAACUGCAAGUGAAGCACAAGUGCUUUCAUCGAAUGUAAUUCGGGCAAAUGUCAGUCCUGAUAGCUCGACGGUUGCUGCUGAUAAACCAAGUGCAGUGCCAGAUAAAGGAAUAUCCGCAAUUUAUCAAGCCAAAUCUCCACUGACAGACGUUGAUUCUUCAGUGAAAUCUGCUAAAAUGACCAAAGCUAAAAAACUGAAACAGAAUGCUCUGAAGAUGUCCAACAGCAAAGGAGCAACCACUCUGUUCCAAAGCCAGGGUGCGAAGAAGAAGAAAAGGAGAGUGAUACUAGAAGAUGACGAUGACGAAUCAGGGCUAACUGCAUCCAGAAUGAGACCGAAUGAAAUGUAUGGGUCCAGAAUGUAUGGAGAUGGAGAUGCUUCAGAUAUAGACGCCGAAGACAAAGACUGCUCAGAUGAUGAAGUUUACAGUCCCGUUGAAGUGAUUGAUCCUGCAAAAGUGCUGGACGCAUUCACAGUUAACCAUUCUCAUUUUGAAGUUACCGUCACGAACAAUGUAUCAAUUGGACCUAUGGCCCCUUCUAUGCACAUGCUUAAUUUCAAGUACUCGACGAACGAAGAAACUGAUAAAUUCACAAAAUGUCUAACGGAUCCAAUAGUGUGUGCAUGUGUGAGCGAAGAGUUGGUUGUGGUUGCGUGUGCGGACGAUACUGUUCAUGUGUAUGAUCACAAUGGGAAUAUACUUGAAAUGCCAUUUGUGGUAGAUGCAAGCAUUGCCCAGUUGAAAUGCAAGGGACACAUGGUGAUGGUACUGACAUGCGAAGUGACAGUGAGUGUGUUUGACAUGAGACGAAUGAAGUCUGUUUUGUGGAACUAUCAACUGACAAAUCUAUUUAGAGCGGCUGAUGUCAAAUUAAAGCUAGCUUUCUUCUCUGAAAAUGGUACACCCUUCAUCGUUACCACAGCCCAUAAAGCAUACAUGUUCCACGCUGGUUUCAACGGGUGGGUGCUGGCUCAGCCACCACGUUGGAGCCUGGCUAAACGUGGCACUACGUCCCAAACUCCAGCCGUUGGUGGUUCAUCUGGUAGCAGCAGCAGUCAUACGCAGACGGGAGUAAUGUCGCUGCUAGAGGAUCUGUGCUCAGAUAACAGAAUGAAAGACAACAGCCUAGCGGAGGCAGUUGACCGAACUCGAAGAAAUGAUCCUGGUACAUGCAGCGCUGUGGAGAAUAUGGUACACUACUCCACAUGGCAGUACAGUGAUAUCCAGCAGAAGCUGGCAAUGAAUAUUGCAUCUGGACCCGAUGUUAAGAAGUGGCUGCUAGGGGUGAUCUCUGAGCUGAGUUGGAUUGGCAACGAGGAUGCUCUGAGGGCCAAACUGGACGAACUGUUAGACAAUGUUGGACUACCUUCUGUGGCGGCAUGCUUUAUGACAAGCUCCCAGGUCGAGUCGUCACGUGAUCCCAUUGAAAGACUCGGCCUAAAUAGAAGACAGUUACUGCAUGAGGCAUUAGACAUCGUAGCUAAAAACGUUAAGAAUCAAAAGAUAUUCAGUGAAUAUAAUCAGAUCCUCAAACAACUUUAAAACUUAAUGAACAUAAAACUUGUUUUAGCUUCCUUGUUUUCGAAACGUUUUUUUAUCAUUCUGAUUUUAUCGAGCUAGCAUCGUUGUUAUUGAUUAUGGUUAAUUUUCUAGUGGUAUGUACAGUAUUAGAGUUUGCAUUAUGAAAUUUAGUUUUAAAGCGUA